CCGGCCGGCCGGCAGCGCGAGUCUCCUGGGGGAAUCUCUCCGAGCAAGCUGGGAUCUAUGAGCGGGAAGGUGAUCAAGCCCAAAGAAGAGAAAGAUGCUUCCAAGGUUAUGGAUGACGCUCCCCCUGGCACACAGGAGUACAUUAUGUUACGGCAAGAUUCCAUCCAAUCUGCGGAAUUAAAGAAAAAAGAGUCCCCUUUUCGUGCUAAGUGUCACGAAAUCUUCUGCUGCCCACUGAAGCAAGUGCACCUCAAAGAGAACACAGAGCCGGAAGAGCCACAGCUUAAAGGGAUAGUAACAAAACUCUACAGCAGGCAAGGCUACCACUUACAAUUGCAAGCAGAUGGAACAAUUGAUGGGACAAAAGAGGAGGACAGUAGUUAUACUUUGUUUAACCUCAUACCCGUGGGCUUACGAGUGGUGGCUAUUCAAGGGGUUCAAACAAAAUUGUAUUUGGCAAUGAACAGUGAAGGAUACCUAUACACAUCAUGUUCCCUUCAGCAAGGGACAGACAGACUGACUACAUGGGAAGCUGUGAAAAUGACGCUAUCCUUUGGGCUAGGUUCUCAGGGGGUGAAAAAGGACACAGCUCAACUGAGUUCAAAAGAGCUGCACUGA